AUGUGGGCGGCAAUGACACGAUCACUUGAAAUGUUUGUCGCCCUGUUCGAAUAUUAUUCCACGGCAGUAGUACCGCCGAACACGGCAUUAAAUGAAGAGCAAGCACCAAAUUCAACAACUAAUGUGAAUGAUCAUGUUAAUCAUAUCAGCAAUCUUUGUGUGAAGACAUUUGAAUCCAGCAAUCUUAGUGUGAAGGUACCUGAACGUAGCAACUCUAAUGUGAAGGCACUUGAACCCAACAAUUUUAGUUUGAAGGCACCUGAACGUAGCAACUCUAAUGAGAAGGCACUUGAACUCAGGAAUCUUAUCGUUAAGUCACCUGAACGUAGCAACUCUAAUGUGAAGGUACUUGAACCCAGCAAUCUUUGUGUAAAGGCAUUUGAAUCCAGCAAUCUUAGUGUGAAGAUACCUGAACGUAACAACUCUAAUGUGAAGGCACCUGAACGUAGCAACUCUAAUGAGAAGGCACUUGAACCCAGGAAUCUUAUCGUGAAGGCACCUGAACGUAGCAACUCUAAUGUGAAGGCACUUGAACUCAGCAAUCUUAGUGUGAAAGCACCUGAACCUCAAUGCUCAAUUGUGAAGGCAGCUGAAACUUUGAUUCUGAGAGCACCAAACCCUUGA